ACGUUCGCCAUUUUCUGCGAGAUAUUGAGAAAAUAAUGGAGUCCUCAGACGACAAUAUUCGCUUGCUUGCCCUGUGCCGGUCCCUAACAGGUACAGCGAGGGUAUUUUUAUCGACCACGGCCUCCUUAAAUUACCAGGCGCUAAAAGCAGCGCUAUCAAGCGAAUUCGACGUGGGAAUCACAAGGCAAGAAGUGUACAAAAUGCUGUCGCAGCGAUGCUGGAAGAGGAAAGAGAAUACGCUCCACUGCUACACGAUAACCAUGCAGGCCAUUGCGAAGCGUGCUAAUAUCGCCGAUACGGAGCUGAUAGACUUCAUAAUAGACGGCAUCGGGAACACUACCCCGCAUGCCCACGUCCUGAUGACGGCACGAAGCGUAGAGGAAUUAAAAACCCUUAUAAACCGGUACCAACACAAAUAUUUCGAGACCGGGGCGGUGCAGCCAUCUAACCAGCGGCAGACAAGGGCGCCGAAACAAAGUGACGAUUUGAAGCUGAAGUGUAUCAACUGCUCCCGGAACGGGCACAUAAAACCAAACUGUCCAUUCCCACUAAGACCGGAUGGUUCCUGCUUCAGGUGCUGGAAGAUGGGCCACGACCAUCGCUCAUGUCCAAAUCCAGUAAAGCUUCUGAAAAGACGCGAAGUAGCCACUGUUGCCGAGGAUGAAGACGACCAACCAGGUGCAAUUGGCGCUUUUAACUCUUCCGAUUAGUUUUGUAAAGGCAUCACUGGUCCCAAAACAACUAGGGAAAAAACAUAUGGUUGAUAGAGGCCCCAGUUAUAAAGGCAUCGGUGGAAGCAAAAUUAAAAUACUUUAUAAAAUGAA